GUCGGCGCCGGGGAUGCGACGCAGCCCGCUGUGUCUGUGCCGUGAUGUAUGUGCGUGCGUGGUGUGGUGUCCGAUCAACAGUGUGUGAGUCACUGUGAUCCGAGGUGACAAUCCAGAGACAACUGUGGGAUUCACAAUGCAAGCGAGUAGCAGAAGCCUAUCAAACGUAAUUUCAUUGGAGCUGCUGGAAAAUUAAGAAGGGCGUUCUACUAAAAAGAUGUUGUGUGAUGAAAAAUCAUUUUAUAAAUGCAAAACUGGAAAUGUUGUUGGGAAUGCAUGCGGGAAUACCUGUUCGUGUCUUUGGGUUUUUUCCCUGAAGAGGAUAUGAAAGGUGGAACUUUAUUGUGGCGUGGUCCCUAAGAAUGGCGAACCUCAGCUGUAUGGAGAGUUUAUCCAGAAGUAACCAGUGCCUCGCCGCCAAAAGCACGUCUCCCGGGGUCGCAGCCACCCUCGCCGGCGUGCUCAUCUUCACCACCGUGGCUGAUAUCGUUGGAAAUCUUCUGGUCAUCCUGUCCGUGUAUAGGAACAAGAAACUGAGGAAUGCAGGUAAUAUCUUUGUGGUGAGCCUUUCUGUUGCUGACCUGGUGGUGGCUCUGUACCCCUAUCCCCUAGCCCUGCUAGCUAUCUUCCAUAAUGGCUGGAAGAUGGGCUCCCUGCACUGCCAGCUGAGCGGGUUCGUCAUGGGACUGAGCGUCAUCGGCUCCGUCUUCAACAUCACGGCUAUCGCCAUUAACCGCUACUGCUACAUUUGCCACAGCUUUCGCUACGACUGCCUCUUUUCGCGCCGCAACACCUGUCUGUACCUGUUCCUCACCUGGAUGCUAACAGCUCUGGCAACAGUUCCCAACUUCCUCGUGGGUUCCCUCAGUUACGAGCCGCGUAUCUUCUCCUGCACGUUCACCCAGACGGCAAGCUCUUCCUACACCAUCUGCGUCGUGCUGAUACACUUUCUGGUUCCGCUGGCCGUGGUGUCUUUCUGCUACCUGCGCAUAUGGACAUUGGUGAUCAGGGUCAAAGGUCGUGUCCGGCCCAAUCCGAGGGUUAGAGCGGCACACCUGAGGAACUUCCUGACGAUGUUCGUGGUAUUCGUGCUGUUUGCCGUGUGCUGGGCACCUCUGAAUUUUAUUGGGCUUGCUGUGGCGGUUAAUCCUAAAGGUGGCCCCAAAAUCCCAGAAUGGCUGUUUGUUAUGAGCUACUUCAUGGCUUACUUCAACAGCUGUCUGAAUGCCGUGGUGUAUGGGUUGCUCAACCAAAACUUCAGGCAAGAGUACAAACAGAUUCUUCGUGCUCUCUGUACCCCAAGAGUGCUGUUCUCUCAAAGUUCAAGAUGCAACACGGAGGACGCAAAGAGUAAACCGUCACCAGCGGUGACCAAUAACAAUGUGAAGGAAGUGUGUAGGGUGGAGUGACCCAAACUCUGUUCUAGUAGAUCUCGAAGUAGAUCAGCCAAUUAGAGGCCACAGUGAAGAACCACAAUAUUACCACCUCUUUGGUGGUAAUAUUACCUCUUUGGAUUUGUGAGGCCUGUAAAACUAAUUCGAGAUUGUAGAAUGAACACAGUAUUUUGUUUCAGUGGCCUUGCAGGUUGAGAAUAUGCACUUGAGUUCCUAUAGAGAUUGUUGGAUGCCAUGGCAACCAGCACUGGAAGACAUUUUUGAUGUUUUGUGUUCUUUGUAUAUCCUUUAUGUAUGUAUUUUUGUAUAUCAGUAAUGAAUAGGAAAGAUCUUAUAAAGGAAAAUGGCCUAUAAUGGAAAACAAGACUGAUUCUUUGUACAGCACAUAAUGUUAUAUACUGUAUCUACUGUAUUCUUACGUUUUUAUUUUUGCAAUAAAAAUUAUU